GUGGGCUCCCAAUGUUUUAUCUUCUGCAUAGGAGUGUGAGUCUGGUCACCAUGCGUGAAAUUGUUCACCUCCAGAUCGGACAGUGUGGUAAUCAGAUCAGUUCAAAGUUCUGGGAAGUUAUCAGUGAUGAACAUGGUAUCAAUCCAGUGGGAAUCUAUGAGGGGGACACAAACCUACAGCUGGAGAGAAUCAAUGUCUACUUUACUGAAGCAAGUGGUGGGAAGUAUGUCCCUCGUGCACUACUGGUAGAUUUGGAGCCAGGAACAAUAGACAGUGUGAGGGGAAGUCGCAUUGGAGAACUUUUCAGACCUGACAACUUCAUACAUGGAAAUUCUGGAGCUGGAAAUAAUUGGGCAAAAGGUCACUACACAGAGGGUGCAGAGUUGGUUGAACAAGUUAUAGACCGUGUCCGUAAUGAAGCUGAAAUCUGCGACUGCCUGCAGGGCUUCCAGUUUGUUCACUCUUUGGGUGGUGGCACUGGCUCAGGCAUGGGCACAUUGCUCAUCAACAAAAUUCGUGAAGAGUUCCCAGACCGAAUCAUGAAUAGCUUUAGUGUCAUGCCCUCUCCUAAAGUCUCAGACACAGUAGUGGAACCAUAUAAUGCCACACUGUCCAUUCACCAGCUGAUUGAAAAUACAGAUGAGACAUUCUGCAUUGACAACGAAGCUCUUUACGAUAUCUGUUUCCGUACACUUAAGCUCACCACGCCAACCUAUGGAGAUCUCAAUCACCUUGUGUCUAUGACUAUGAGUGGAGUCACAACAUCCCUGCGCUUCCCUGGUCAGUUGAAUGCUGACCUCCGCAAGCUGGCUGUCAACAUGGUGCCUUUUCCCCGUCUUCACUUCUUUAUGCCUGGUUUUGCUCCUCUCAUACCACGAGGAUGUCAACAGUACCAGGCCCUCACUGUUCCUGAACUCACCCAGCAGAUGUUUGAUUCCCGGAACAUGAUGACGGCAUGUGACCCUCGGCAUGGCCGAUACCUUACUGUUGCAGGAGUUUUCCGUGGUCGCAUGUCUACUAAAGAAGUGGACGAACAAAUGCUUAUUGUUCAGCAGAAGAACAGCAAUUACUUUGUGGAAUGGAUCCCCCACAACGUUAAAGUGGCUGUUUGUGACAUCCCACCACGUGGUCUUAAAAUGGCAUCUACCUUCAUUGGAAACAACACGGCCAUCCAAGAGAUUUUCAGACGUGUCGGAGAGCAGUUUGCUAUGAUGUUCCGCCGCAAGGCUUUUCUGCACUGGUACACCGGAGAGGGCAUGGAUGAGAUGGAGUUCACAGAAGCUGAGAGCAACAUGAAUGAUCUAGUGUCUGAGUAUCAGCAAUAUCAGGAUGCCACAGCAGAGUUGGACUGGGAGCCAGAAGAAGAAAUUACAGAGGUAGAGGGAAAUCCAGCAACAGUAAUAAACACCAGAGAUGAAACAAACACUGAGACUGUAAGUGAAGCUUAGUCUAGUAAGCAGUUGUGGUGAGGAGGGUUGUGUUAACAACUGUGCUAAAUCUUGAAUAUUAAAUUUUUUUUUUAUUUAGAACAUUUUACUAUUACUACAAUUUAUUAAUAUAAAAACAAUAGAGUGACAUUAUAUGUUCUUGUUUUAAACAAACAUAUUAUUUUUGCUUAAUUAUAACAAAAAAUAUUUGUAAAGCUUGUGUUUAAUAUGUUAGCUUGGUUGAGCAUCUUUUGCAGUGUGUAAUGUUUUAAAUUCUGUACCCCACAAAACUCUGUUUUUAAAUAAUGUUCCAAAAUGUAGUAUGUAUAAUUGAACACACACACCCACACCCACACCCACACACACACACACAUAUUUAUAUAUAUUUAUAUUUACAAAAAUGUUCCAUUAGUUUAUUUGUGCAAAAUGUAAAAUUGUAAAAGAAAGAUGUUAGACUAAAUAUUUAUUUUUACAAUGGAGCCAAAAUAUUUGUCUUUCUGUCUUUUGUUUUUCCCAGGGUUUUUCCCCAAUUAAUUUGAUUAAUACCUAGCUUAUCUUCUUUUACCAAAUUAGUAUACAUAUUUUUUAAGUUUGAAUAGACCAAAUUCCCAAGAUUCUAAACAUGCUAAUACACCACAUGAAGGUCCAUAAAGCAACCCUGGUCUUCCAAACAGGCGGGCUGACAGGACAUGAUUAGACUCAAGCAGCUCUGUAGAUAUUGAUAAGGAACUCAGAAAACAACCUCCAUUAACCACAGAAGACAGUGAAAGCCACUGUUAAGAAACUUGCUAACAUCCUGUAGAAUUAGACACUGAAAAAGCUCGCCCCUCCCUUUAACCAUGGUCAGAUUAUGGCACAAUGAUGAGGCACCAUAAUGCAGAAUUAGAAUAGAAAAUGUAUUACACUGACAGAGGUCUGCAACCAACUGAUAGUUUUUUGUUAUCAACAAUAUGAGCUACAAUACAAGCUAGCUACAAGCAACAAAAACAAUAUUAAGUUUGUAAAUAUUUUUCAAUAAAUUGAACUUAUAAGACUUUUAAUAAAGAACAUUGUCAUGAAGCAACUUUAAAGAAAUGCAUAGAUAUGAAAAUCCUUGAGAGGAAACACAUUUAAAAGAGAACCCAUUUUCAGAGUGAACACAAUACAUCUAUUUUAUCUAUCUACAAUAUAUAUAAUUACAGUGCCUGUCAAAAGUUUGGAAACACCUUAUGUUUUAUAAUUUUUAAGAGAUUAUUAUUAUUAUAUGAAUAAAGUAAUAAUUAUACAGUAUUAUAUAAUAUAUAUUACUAUUUUAUUUUAAUUUGUUUUAAUUUUAUUUUAAUAAUUAAAAUAUUAAUUAAUCAUUAGAUUAUCACUUGGGUCAAUAACAGUAGGUUUGAUAGUAGUUUAUGGUUUAUAGUGUAGCCAUGUCACAAUUAUCUUCACAAAUUUCUGUUUAUACUUAAAGAACAAGCUCAUUACAUACAUGUAGGGUAAAUGUAGGUUAAAUUCUGAAAGGAACACUAAACCAACACGACUACUAUUCCAUACUUCAACACCCUGCAAUUCUGUCUGGAUUGCAGCUAAUCAAAAAGAAAUUCACCAUACAAAAAGAAAAUUACCUAAAGCAUAUGUCCAAGCUCUGUCCAAACAUUAUUUACAGAGCAAACAGUCCGCCAAAGUGUUAUCUAUAAUCAUGGCCUGUACCUGUCUAUCAUCCUGUCUAUCAGCUUUGGAGAACUAACCGUGUAUUCCAAGAGUGUGUAAAGCUGUUAUUUGUAAUAAAAGAAGAAUAAAUAGUUAAUUAUGUUUUUGUACGAACACCUGUACAUUUAUAUAUUUGUUUGUUCAAAGUAAAUCUUCAUACCUAAAUAAAUUAAUAGUUUGAUAUAAA